UCCCAUCGCGGUACCGCUCUGCAACACAGGAGGUACUGUACCUUGAGUGGUAUCUUUAGGGUACAGCGACCAUACAAUUCUUCGAACGUGUCCGCUGUGUGUCCAUCCACUUCAUCCCCGAAGAAGGAUCAGAAAGGUUUCCUCGAUAUCGAUGAUUCUGUUGCGUCGGUUAUUCCUGUCGAUGCAGAUCCUUCUCAGGUCACGAAGUCAGUUUCUGGAUUACAUCGUUGUAGGUCAAUGUCGGACAUCAGAAGAACUCGAGUCACUCUAACAGAUUCGGAGAUAAGACUCCGAUCCAAUCUAGCUGCUUGGACGUUCCUCCUGGAACACUCUAGAAAGGCGGUUGAGAACCAAAACAAACAGGAAGAAACUCUUCGAAAGUCUAUUACGGAAGCCCAUGAUCGCGAAGCAUGGUUAAAGAAGUGGCUGAGAGUUCAAAAAUCUACCGAACUACAGAUUAAAAUCUAUCAACGCCUGGUCGAACUACUGGAAGGCGAAUCAGGGAUGACUGAUCUUUUGCGGCGUUUUUAUAUCAACCAUCUUCUGCCUGUUAGUGAUCGUCUUCCUCUCGAGGGACUCACCUUGGGUGACGACUUUCAAGGUCAUUUGGCAGCGGCUUCUCAGGCUGGAGAGGAAUUCGUGGCUGCUGCUGCAGGAGACCUUAACGCUCUGGGCAUUAUCGCAUCGCAGUUGACUGAAAUGUCCCGUGCCAUUCUCUCCUCUACCUCCUGGUUGGGCAACAAAGAGGUGGUGACCAAGUUAACUCAGGCCUGUCGGCUCUGCCUCCGCCUAGCUUCACUUCGAACCUACAGGCUGCAACGAGAGAUGGCACAACGACUUGGUGCUAUUCCGUCCUAG